AUGCACUUUACCAAGCUGACAAGGCCGACCAGGAGCGCAAGGAAAGCUUCUGGUUCGCUCUCCGGGUUGCAUGGCAUUCCGGUUCUUUUGAAGGAUAACAUUGGAACCAAGGACAAGCUCAACACCACUGCGGGUUCGUUUGCAUUGCUUGGCUCAGUUGUGCCUCGGGAUGCUGGGGUUGUAGCCAGGUUGAGAAAUGCCGGGGCUAUCAUACUUGGGAAGGCCAGCUUGAGUGAGUGGGCCAGUUUUAGAUCCCUUAAUGCACCAAAUGGCUGGAGUGCUAGAGGUGGCCAAGGAAAGAAUCCAUAUGUUCUAUCAGCAACACCUUGUGGAUCAAGUAGUGGAUCAGCAAUAUCAGUUGCAGCUAAUUUGGCAGUUGUGUCGCUGGGUACUGAAACCGAUGGCUCUAUUCUCUGUCCUGCCAGUUUUAACUCUGUAGUUGGCAUUAAACCCACUGUUGGCCUCACCAGCCGAGAUGGUGUGAUCCCCAUCACUCCAAGACAGGACACUAUUGGACCAAUCAGCAGGACUGUAUCCGAUGCUGUCAAUGUUCUUGAUGCUAUUGUUGGCUUUGAUUACAAUGACCAAGCAACCAGGGAAGCAUCCAAAUACAUUCCUCCUGGUGGUUAUAAGCAAUACCUUAUAACUUAUGGUCUCGAAGGAAAGAGAAUAGGAAUAGUUAGGAAUCCCUUCUUCACUUCUGGGAGCGGUUCUCUCCAAAUUCAAGCGUUUGAGAACCAUUUCAAAACCUUGAGGGAAAGAGGUGCAGUUUUAAUUGAUAACCUGAAAAUAGCCAACGUAGAUGUUAUUUUGAACUUCACCUUGAGUGGAGAAGCAGUAGCGUCAGUGGCAGAGUUCAAAAUAGCAUUGAACUCAUAUCUAAAAGACUUGGUGGUUUCCCAAGUGCGAUCCUUGACAGAUGUUAUAGCAUUUAACCAGAAGUACUCAGAUCUGGAGAAGUUAAAGGAAUUUGGCCAAGAAAUCUUUCUAUCUGCCGAGGCCACAAAUGGUAUCGGAGACAAGGAAUCAGCGGCGUUGCUAAAUCUGGCAAGACUGUCCAGAGAUGGGUUCGAGAAGUUGUUGUGGGACUAUAAACUAGACGCAUUGGUGACUCCAGGAUCUGAUGUUGCCCCUGUUCUUGCAAUUGGUGGAUUUCCAGGAAUCAAUGUGCCUGCAGGAUAUGACAAGAAUGGAGUGCCUUUUGGGAUUACUUUUGGGGGACUAAAGGGUUCAGAGCCAAAGUUAAUUGAGAUUGCUUAUGAUUUUGAGCAAGCUACUAAAGUUAGAAAACCACCCACACUUCAACCAUUUUAAACUACACUUAGUAGCAAAUGUUAUUAUUUCAUCCUUUUAAGGUACUAAAGUUUGGAACGAAAUGUGCCAGCUACCAAAUCAAGCUAGCCUUAUGAACCUUUGUCUGUUGGAAUAUCAGCGAACUAAAAUCCUAUGGAUGAG